AUGGAUGUUUUCCAACAGCGUUCCUUUAGAUGCCUCCUGACGAUAGCAACAGCCGUUGGCAGCAUGAUCUGUAUAAUGGCCGGAACUCUCUACAACAGCAGGGGAGCAGGAGGUCUAAGCAUGACAGGAGGUGGUGCAACACUAGUCGUCGUCUCAAACCUGGACUAUGGAGUAUCAAAUUCAGACAUGCAGAAACUCUUCUCAGAAUCUGGUCCUCUACACAGUGCAACGGUUAAUUAUGACAAGUCUGGUCGCUCCAUGGGUUCAGCGUACGUCGUAUUUCACCGAAAAGCAGAUGCAGUUAAAGCUAUGAAACAGUACAACAGCGUUCCUUUAGAUGGUCGACCCAUGCAGAUUGAAAUAACCACGUCUGAUGUUUGCCGUUAUGAAGGAGCAAGCCAACCGAGUCAGAGAAGGCUUCGCCCGCAGGCCUAG